AUGAACUCUUCUCUCUCUAUAAAUUCCUCUCUCUCUCCUCCUUUUCUCUCACCUCACUCCACCACCCUUUCUCCAUCUUGUUCUUAUUCCUCCAAUUUCAAUCCUCUUAAUUCUAUUAGAUUUACAACUUUUCGAGCACAACCCAUUACACCCUUUUGCAAAAAGGUUCGAUUUUGGAACUUAGAACGGUUCGAGAGUGUCAAAAGAAGAAAAAGUUUGAAGCUUGACGCUACUACAAAAAUGACUAUUGAUGAAGAAAGUUUGUUGAAUGUUAGAGAUGAAGAAGAGGGUCCUCCUGAUUCUGUUUUGAAUGACCAUGAGAGUAAUUCUAAACCUCGUAGAAUUGCUCUAUUUGUUGAGCCUUCUCCUUUUUCAUAUGUGUCUGGAUACAAGAAUCGUUUUCAGAAUUUUAUAAAGUACCUCAGAGAAAUGGGAGAUGAGGUCUUGGUUGUAACAACACAUGAAGGAGUACCUAAGGAAUUUUACGGAGCACAACUAAUUGGAUCGAAGAGUUUCCCUUUUCCUUGGUAUCAGAAGGUACCACUCUCUUUGGCACUUAGUCCAAGAAUAAUUUCAGCAGUCGCCCAAUUUAAGCCCGACAUAAUUCAUGCUUCAUCACCAGGCAUAAUGGUUUUUGGUGCUCUUAUCAUUGCAAAGCUUCUGUCGGUUCCUAUUGUCAUGUCCUAUCAUACCCAUGUACCAGUAUACAUUCCAAGAUACACAUUUAGCUGGCUAGUGCAACCGAUGUGGUUGGUUCUAAAGUUUCUGCAUAGAGCAGCCGAUCUAACUCUCGUGCCAUCGGCUGCCAUUGCGAGGGAUCUUGAAGAAGCUAGAGUAACAGCAGCUAACAAGAUUCGUCUUUGGAACAAGGGUGUUGAUUCUGAAAGUUUCAAUCCUCGAUACAAGUCACAUGAAAUGCGAUUGAGACUGAGUAACGGUGAACCGGAGAAGCCCUUAAUUGUUCAUGUCGGACGACUUGGAGUUGAGAAGAGUUUAGAUUUUCUCAAAAGUGUCAUGGAUAAGCUUCCGGAAGCACGAAUCGCUUUUAUUGGAGAUGGACCUUACAGGGAGGAGUUGGAGAAAAUGUUUGAAGGCAUGCCUGCAGUAUUCACAGGAAUGUUAUCAGGAGAAGAACUAUCUCAAACAUACGCUAGCGGUGAUGUUUUUGUUAUGCCGUCAGAGUCCGAGACACUCGGUCAAGUUGUUUUGGAGGCCUUGUCUUCUGGAAUUCCCGUCGUUGGAGCACGUGCCGGUGGAGUUCCCGACAUAAUCCCAGAAGAUCAAGAAGGCAAAAUUGGAUACCUAUACACUCCAGGCGAUCUUGACGAUUGCUUGAGCAAACUAGUACCUCUGUUGCACGACAAAGAGUUGAGAGAAACAAUGGGAAAAGCCGCACGCAUAGAGAUGGAGAAAUACGAUUGGAGGGAAGCCACUAGAACGAUUCGAAACAAUAAUUACAACACCGCGAUUUGGUUCUGGCGCAAGAAAAAAGCUCAGCUAUUGGUACCAUUCCAAUGGCUAACGAAACGUAUUUUCCCGUCAGAAGUUGUAAUAGAUAAUGAAAAACCAACCCCGACAGAAGUUGUAAUAGAAAAUGGAAAACCGACCGUAUAA